AGUGUGAUGUUUACCUCCUCCAAUCGCAAAAUAAGCUGCGAUGGAGUGUUACUUUUCCAGAAUUAUCGUAAAGGUGUAUUGUCAAUCAUUAAUUGAUGUUUUUAAAUUUUUGUUAUGAUUUUUCAGACAGAUAAGUCUCAAUGAUUUCAAAGUAGGUAGACAAUCAAUAAGAUGAUAGUAACAACACGUUAAACAUAACUUAGCUAAAACUUUAUCUAACAAAGAUGGCGACACAUAACGCUACAGAUUACAAGAAUCAAAGUCACCUUGGCCAAAAAGCAACGUUCUCCAGAUUGGUAUCAGGAUUGGACAUAAAACCAGGUUUCAGAUGUCUUGACGUUGGUUGCGGACCUGGUAAUUUUACUAAACUUUUAGUUGAUCUUGUGGGAAAGAAUGGAUAUAUCCUUGGCAUUGAUCCUGAUGAAGACAGGAUUAGUCUUGCGAAAGAAACAAAUUCUCAUAUCUCAAAUUUGAAUUUUUUGUGCAUAUCUGGUGGAAAUUUGCCGGCUGAUCUUCCAAAAUUUGAUGUUGUUUAUUCAAGCGCCGUUCUGCAUUGGAUGACAGACGAAGAAAAGUGGAAAACAUUUCAACGCAUUUUCAGGUUGCUGAAACCUGGAGGUACAUUCGCCUUUGUUACUGUUUUAGAAUUACCCUAUGCUUUUAAGGAGGUUUUUCGCUACGUCGAAGAUAGGCGCACCGUUCCCCAUUUUCUGUAUACAGAACUCCCCAGCGUUUUAAAGUAUAAACAAGAACUAACAGAGUGUGGAUUCGAAGUUGUAAAUAUACAAGCUUUAGAGCACGCCUCUGUGUUUCAAACAACAGAGCAGUUUUUAUCAUGGCUACGCGCAUCGAUGCAUACUGAAAUUAACUUAGGUGAACUCUGUCAGAAACAUCAGAUUGACUUAAAAUUUCAAAGCAACACAGAUGGCGAAUAUGUUUUAAACUUUACUCGCAUUUGGGCGUAUGCUAAGAAACCAAACGCAUUGUUCUGAAGAUUUAGCAUUUGCAUCAAUGGCAAUCCUUAUGUGAAAUUAUUGCUUGAUGCUAAGAAAUUAAUGAAAUUUUAAAUUGUUUUGAUAACUUAUUUUUGUAUGUAGGCCUGUUUACACUUGACUUAAUAAAAGAUGCUCGCA